AUGAACGGCCUCACGACCACCAGCACACGACUCAUUCGCCAGACUAUUCCACCACGACUCAAAUUCCAGCUCCGCACCAUCUCAACCCUCAGCAACAAUCCUCACAUUUAUGUAUUUCCCGACCCGGACUCUCCAUCAUCACAUCUCCUCUCCCUCCUCCCCACCGACCCGCCCACCCCGUCAAUAGCCAUCGGCACCACCACCGCCCUCCCACCCACACCAGCCUCGUUCACCGAAAACCCGAGAUUCCUGCCCAUGCUACACUCCGUGAUCGGAGAGUCCGCGGCGCACGACCCAGACGUCCAGUCGCAGGCCGCAGUCAUGAUCUCGUCGUCCGGGACAUCGCUGUUUCAGACCGCGCGACGACAGAGGACCGGGUCCGCAGGGGCCAGCGACCAAGGCGGCCACGGCAGCGCGGGCCGCGGCGGCUGGGUGCAUGUCUCGGACUCGAGGCGUGUGCCGGAGUUCGGGCGCAUCGCUGAGCCGGAGGAUAUCUUUGGGAGUGUCGAGGUCGAUGGGGCGGGGAGGUUCGUCGAUGGCCAUGGGCGGUAUCAGCCGAGUGGGACGUAUAGGAUCUGUACGAAUGAUGGGAUUUUGGGGUUGACGGAUUUCAUGAGGGAGAGGGUCGUGGAGAGGUUGAGGGUCGAGGAGGCGGCGGAGAGAAAUAAGAAGUGA